GUUUCGUUUUCUUCGUUACUGGCUCGACGUGUGGGUCCCUAAUGGCGUCGGCUAGUGAUCUCUUAUCAACCUUCAAGAAGGAUUUGGAGAAUCUCAAAGACAAUGAUAAAUACAAAAUAAAUGCUUUGACUAUCUUUGCGCGCGAUCAUAAAGAUACCAUUGGGGUUGCUCAGAGCAUUGUGGAUCUUACCCUUAAGCAUGUUCAAAUGGUGAGUUAUUUAGUAUCUUCUACUUGUUAUGUCCUGUGCACAACUGUACAGAUGAAAAAAAGAACAAUAAAUGUUUUUGUCAGUUUUGAAUUUUUUGUAUCAUAUGGGUGCUGGGUUUGGGCGAAGCGAUAACUAAUUGCUUAAGCGCUUAAUCUAGCCUUCGUAUGCGAUUUGUCUAUUGAUAGUCGUGUAGAACCUCGUGAGACGCAUAUUGAUUAGGUAGCGUUGUAGGUUUCACGAAAAACGAGUUGUUUUUGGAAUACAGUUAUCAAACCUUUUAUUACAGAUACCGGCAGGAUUGAAGCUACUUGGCUUGUACGUAAUCGACUCAAUAGUUAAAAACGUAGGUACACCCUACAGAAAGUUGUAUACCGUGGAUAUUGUUGAUGCCUUUGUGCAUUCUUUCCAAUCGAUACGAGAUGAGAAGGGGCGGUUGAAACUGUACAAUUUGAGGACAACAUGGAAAGAUAUAUUUCCAAAUUCUAGGAUGUAUGAAUUGGAUAUUCGAGUGCGUGAGCAUGAUCCAGCUUGGCCUCUUUUAGCCAGCGCGCCUGAAGCGAAAGCUGCGUUUAGAUCUUUACCAAAUGUCCCAAAAAUACAAACUAAAACGGAACCUGUGGUAGUUAGUGUAAAGCAGGAAGCGAAGGAAACUUCUUUGACAACGAAAACCGUCAUCUCAGCUUCACGUGAUCCGCGGCUUAAUCGGAAACGAAAGUCACCCCAAGAAUCUCAUUCAUCUGAAGAGUACCUUAUCGAUCGUUCAGGAGAUCAAAAUAUGGAGUCAGUUGCUCGAAAACAAGGUAAACAGGCGGAUGCUAGUGAGUUGUCUAAAAAGGUUAUGUUGUUCGGUGGUGAGGACUGUGAUAUGCGUUCACAAAACACAGUACCACCUUCUCCCGCCAGAUCAUCAGGUUGGUCAGAUUACAUUGGAAAGCACAGUGAAGUCUGUUCUCGACGAGAAAUGAAAGACAUAGAUAUGCGUUUUGCUCCGUCAGACCCUCCACUUGCCUGUUCUCCAAGUUUCAGUAUUUCUGAGAAGAUAUCGAAAGGACCAUUAGAUGUGUUAGCUAUUAAUAAACCUGACGCCGUAACACCAAUACCUCCUGCGUCCAGGUACGACACAGAAGAACGCCUUCCACCGAGUGAAGUACAGUCUGGAAAAAGUUUUGGUAAUUGUAAUCCAGACAUAAAAUUACGUCCUGAGAUUUUAAAAUCUGAAAAUAUUCCACCUCGAUACUCAAAAGUAGAUAAUUUCGUCCCAGUGAAGGAACAUCAUCCACCACCUCGCAUUGCGGAUUUCCCCAGAGAUAGACCACAGUUAAAUUCAUCCUUCCAGCCACCUGCAAUCCCACCUAUCCGUGGGCCACCGAUUCGUGGUCCUGUGUGGAGCGUUGAGAUCAAUGGAUUUCCAGACAUGGUUAAUAUUGGCGUCGAUCCACGAAUGCUUAGUCUUGUAACUCAUCCCAAGCCACCAAGACGGAUAACUAUUGAUGGUCAACAGUUCACACUGUUAUUAGAUAGAGUUCAACCAUUAAUAGCGAUUGGGGAUCGCAUACAUGCUGUACGAUUCCGGUGUGAGUUUGCUACUAUUGUUAUUGAUGGUCAUUGUUUCAACAUUCCUGGCACAGGUUUCACUCGUGUUUCCAUUGGACCUAGAUUCUAUGUGGCAUACCUAGGUGGUCCGGGUCAUGAACUUGUUAUCGAUGGUCGUCCACACACUGUCCCUACAACAUCCCACCUAACUUUUAUAAAUGUCGGUCUUCAUUCAGUCGGUGUAAAAUUUGUUGGAAACGUGCCAAGGAAUGUUAAUGUCUUACCACCUAUUCCUCCUCGUCUACUCAAGUGGGCAGGUCAAGGUUUGUUUGGUUCACCUAAAAAUCUGUUUAUGGCACCACUCAACCCUAUCAAGGAACUUGCACGCCUCGCCGAACAUGGAUAUAGUUCAAGAAACCAUGCUUCUUUUGUAAACAGACCUGUAGGCAAUGGAAAGCGACCGUCACCUAUGCAUCCUACAGAUGCUCCAAAUAGCAGUAACCAAAGUAAUGGACAAAAAUUACCAGAGUUUGUGAACCCUGAUAUCAGUAGUAAGAGCGAAAAACCUAUACCAAACAAAGAUGAGAGCUCAUCGAAUACAAGUACUCCGCUUAACAUAGAUGUGCAUGAGUUAUUCAAAAAGUUGGUUAAAGCUGGUAUAGUGCCCAGUACAGAACAUGAAAAGAAACCAGAACCUCCUGAGCUAGGGAACUACAGCUGGGAGCGUUUUAAGAAUCCAUUCGCUGUUGAAAUUGACGAAUUAUAUAAUGGUCACCAAUGUGGUCAGUGUGGUCUGCGUUUCCAAAGUGACCUUUCACCGGAGUUUGCAAAGCACCUUGAUUACCAUUAUAUGAAGAAUUCAAGCUAUGGACAAGAACGACGCAGUCGUAACUUCUAUCAACCAUUACAGUAUUGGUUAAUUAGUGAAAUGACACGAGAGGGCGCCCCUCAAUUCGAGCCUGGUAGUCCGAUCCACGAUUUACAAGAGUACAAAUGCACAGCAUUCGCGGAUCCAUCGAAAAAUGUAAGUCACUUUCAGUUAUCACUUUCGUUUUCACUUUUUAACUUCUCACAGGUCACACUCUGGAUAACAUUUCUGCCUUUAUGGAAUCCCACUAGACAAUAGAGACUCUAUAGAACUUGACGAAGUAAUAACUACUUGGAUAAGUGCCAGAAUGCGCUGUAGAGCCGUAAAGAGAUAUAUGCAGGUAUGUGCUGUGUGUUACGAAAGUUUUGAAGUAGUUUGGGAUCAUGAAGAAGAAGAAUGGAUGCUAAAAGAUGCUAUUCGAGUUGAUGACAAGGUAUAUCAUCCUAUUUGUCAAGAAGAUGCAGGAAAAGAAUUCUCAAUUAAGGAUGAAAAGAAAUUUCCUUCACCUGACCCUACUGAAAAUAAUAAAGAAUCAACUUCCUCACCUGAAGGUGUUAAGGAAGAGGCCGUGGAUGAAAAUGCAUUUACUUGUGAUGAUUUUUCAACGAAUACAGUUAUUCCUGGUCUUUCACCUUCUACCUCUCCACAACAAUGUGAAUCAGAGAUGUUAUCGUCGAAUACGGAACCUGAAUGUGAAUUUAAUAUGUCGUUGAAAACUGAAUCAAUUUUGUCCAACUCAACAAUUAGUGCAGAUCCUUUGGCUGCUUUAAAAGCUGUCUUAAAAGGUGAUAUAUCUUCACUUAGCGCUCAAUCUCAUUAAUAUCUGAACUAAUUCACUUAUUAUUAUUAUUAAUAUACCUUUGUACAUAUACUACUAUACAGAUUUCUAUUCAUAUAAAAUUGUGUAUGAAUUCAUUUUUUUGUAGAGCUUGUAAAUAUUUCAUACAAAUAAAUGGUACCAUUUUACGAUGUCAUAUGUUAUUAAAAAUGCUCAUUGGUUAAUUAAAUAUAAUACGGUUAUCAUAUAUG